UAAUCUUCAUGAUAAUAACAUGAAAUAGUUAUGGCUGUGCCCACUGUACAGAUGCUAUUGACUGAGGCUACACAACUAAUAAAAUUGCAGACCUCAGGGUUUUGACCCAGGGUUUGUCUGGCAGCAACGUCUGUCCCAAAGGGCGACACAAUCCUGAGGCAGCUGUUUGCAAACUCGAGGCCUCAGUCUUUGACGGAAGCGGUUUUCAGAGAAAAGAAAGCGGUUUUCAGAGAAAUGAAGUUCGAGGCACAACCCUGUUGGGUGGGGCGCACCUGCAAUCCCGGCGAGCUGAGGAUGGCUGCGCCAGGCCCUCCUCCCGCCGCUGCUGUGAGUCCAGGGGCUCCGACCCCCAAAGAAUUAACGCACGGAGUUGCAGGUGUUACUUCCAGAGCCCGACGAGAUCGGGAGGCGGGGAGCGUGCGGCCGGCCGGGAACCGUAGGGCGCGUAAGGCCUCCCGGCGCUCUUCCUCCGGGAGUAUGUGCAGAGACAACAAGUUCAGCAAGAAAGAUUGUCUUUCAAUCAGGAAUGUUGUAGCUUCAAUCCAAACCAAAGAAGGUCUGAAUCUCAAGUUGAUAAGUGGAGAUGUUCUGUACAUCUGGGCCGAUGUCAUUGUCAACAACGUUCCCAUGAAUCUUCAGCUUGGAGGAGGACCACUAUCUCGGGCAUUUUUGCAGAAAGCUGGUCCCAUGCUCCAGAAAGAGUUAGAUGACAGAAGGCGGGAAACAGAGGAAAAAGUGGGUAACAUAUUCAUGACAAGCGGCUGCAAUCUGGACUGCAAAGCUGUGCUCCAUGCUGUGGCUCCAUACUGGAAUAAUGGAGCAGAGACUUCUCGGCAGAUCAUGGCAAAUAUAAUCAAGAAAUGUUUGACAACUGUAGAAGUGCUAUCUUUCUCAUCAGUCACAUUUCCCAUGAUGGGAACAGGAAAUUUGCAGUUUCCCAAAGCUGUUUUUGCUAAGCUAAUCCUUUCAGAAGUGUUCGAAUACAGUAGCAGCGCAAGGCCAAUAACUAACCCUUUACAAGAAGUCCACUUUCUGGUAUAUACAAAUGACGAUGAAGGCCGUCAGGCAUUUUUAGAUGAAUUCACUAACUGGUCAAGAAUAAAUCCCAACAAGGCCAGGAUUCCCAUGGCAGGAGAUACCCAAGGUGUGGUCGGGACUGUCUCUAAGCCUUGUUUCACAGCAUAUGAAAUGAAAAUUGGUGCAAUUACUUUUCAGGUUGCUACUGGAGAUAUAGCCACUGAACAGGUAGAUGUUAUUGUAAACUCAACAACAAGGACAUUUAAUCCGAAAUCAGGUAUGUCAAAAGCUAUUUUAAAAGGUGCUGGAAAAGCUGUAGAAAAUGAAUGUGCUGUACUAGCUGCACAGCCUCACAGAGAUUUUAUAAUUACACAAGGUGGAUGCUUAAAGUGCAAAAUAAUAAUUCAUGUUCCUGGGAGAAAUGAUGUCAGGAAAACGGUCACCAGUGUUCUAGAAGAGUGUGAACAGAGGAAGUACACAUCGGUUUCCCUUCCAGCCAUCGGAACAGGAAAUGCCAGAAAAAACCCAAUCACAGUUGCUGAUAACAUAAUCGAUGCUAUUGUAGACUUCUCAUCGCAACAUUCCACCCCAUCAUUAAAAACAGUUAAAGUUGUCAUCUUUCAACCUGAGCUGCUAAAUGUAUUCUACGACAGCAUGGAAAAAAGAGACCUCUCUGCAUCACCGAACUUUCAGUCCACAUUCUCCAUGACUACAUAUAAUCUUCCUGAAAACUGGACUGACAUGAAUCAUCAGCUGUUUUGCAUGGUCCAGCUAGACCCAGGACAAUCAGAAUAUAAUACCAUAAAGGACAAGUUCACCCAAACUUGUUCUUCCUAUGCAAUAGAGAAGAUUGAGAGGAUACAGAAUGCAUUUCUCUGGCAGAGCUACCAGGUAAAGAAAAGGCAAAUGGAUAUCAAGAAUGUCUAUAAGAACAAUGAGAGACUCCUCUUCCAUGGGACAGAUGCAGACUCAGUGCCACAUGUCAAUCAGUAUGGCUUUAAUCGAAGUCAUGCUGGGAAGAAUGCUGUAUCCUAUGGAAAAGGAACCUAUUUUGCUGUGGAUGCCAGUUAUUCUGCCAAGGACACCUACUCCAAGCCAGACAGCAAUGGAAGAAAGCACAUGUACGUUGUGCAAGUACUUACUGGAGUCUUCACAAAGGGAUGUGCAGGAUUAGUCACCCCUCCACCCAAGAAUCCUCACAAUCCCACAGAUCUCUUUGACUCAGUGACAGACAAUACACAGUCUCCAAAGCUAUUUGUGGUAUUCUUUGAUAAUCAGGCCUACCCAGAAUAUCUCAUAACUUUCACGGGUUAAAAAUAUUUUUAUCAUCAAAGAGAUGAUUUAAGUCAUCUGUAAGAACAACAUGCAAUCUUUGUCUUUGCUUUUGGCUUGUGUAAGAAGAUGAAAGUUUCCCUUUUAGGUGCCAAAAUGCUGAAAAUUACCUUUUUAAAAUGCUCUAUUGCUGCAAUUUGUAGCAUACCUUUUUUUCUCAGCAAAUUGAUGGGUGGAAGCUGAGAAAUGUAUGGUAAAUGUCACAGAGCUACAACUAUUCACAGACACCAAAUCUCUAGUAGAAUAAAAAGCACAUUGUUCUUUUUCUAUCGGAAAAAAACAAGAUACAUCACCUUAAAGCCAAGAUGACAUUGUUCUUCUUGGAACAUGUUAAGACAUUGAACGGUGGCGGGUUAAACUGUACUACUUAAGUGGAGCGGCUACUGUUAUGCAUCUAUCACAGUUGGGGAUUUUGCCUUAUUAAGGAAAACUUGUCAAUAGUUCAGCUGAAAUGACUGAAUCACAGAAUAUUAACUCUGUUAUGGAACAAAUCAUAACAGAUUUUACCUGUUUACAUGUCAGGUAAAAAUGUAUUGCAUUGUUGUCUAAUAUGUAAAAAAUUACCCCCAAUUUUAGUGACUUAAUCCCACACAGUCUUUAUGGGUCAGGAAUUCAGGCAUGGCUUACCGGGAUCAUUCUGCUAGGGUCGCUCUGAAGUUACAGACAAGAUGUCAGAGGAUGUGGUCGUUUGAAGGCUUGUCUGGGCUGGAGGUCUAUUUCCAAGGUGAAUCACUCACAUACCUGGCACGUUUCUGUCAGGUAUUGGCAGUCCGCAGUUCCUCUCCUCUCAGGCCUCUCCACAGGCUGCUUGAGUGUCCUCAUGACACAACAGUUGGCUUACUCCAGAGUGAGCAACUCAAGAGAGAGCAAGGCAGAAGCUACCAAAUCUUUAUGAUUGAAGUCAUACACCAUCUUUUCCACGAGUAUUCUGUUGAUUAUUUUGAUCAGCUUGUUCAGUCUGGGAGGGAAUUACACAAGGGCAUGAAUACUCCACUGGCAAGGAUCAUUGGGGGCCAUCUUGGAAGCUGUGUGAAUGAGCAAAUGAAUGCACAGAUAGAAUGUUAGCAGUGAAAGUGAUGCUAGAGGUCACCUACCCCACUGUCCUCUUGUCCUUCUCCCCCAACCCUCCCCUGCUCCCAGGCAAGAAGCCCUCUAGCCUCUGCUUGAUCCCUUUUAGCACUCAACAUCUUCAGGGAAGCUAUUCUGCUGUGGGACAGUGUUAAUUAGUGGAAAACUCUUUUUCGAAAGUUGAAUGCUCUGUGUCUGUUACCUGCUGAUCACUGUCCAGACUUCUGGAGGACACAGAACAAGUUUUAUUCCUCUUACUGAUGGUAGCCUUUCAGAUCCAUCCCUUCCCUCCAGCAUAUUAGAGUUACGUAAAUUCUUAAAAUGCUUAGCAGCUCAUUUAUCUUGAAGCAUCACUUUUGAAGAGUUACAGACAUUUAAGAAGUAUUUACAUUAUCAUAAAUAAAUUACAUGCGCAUUUAAAGAGAACAGAAGAAUAUAAAGAAAAAUAACUCACCAAACUCACUCAUAAUUCUAGCACUAAGGGAAAACCACUGCCAGUUUCUCAUGUCUCCCUUCCAGUUUCUUCUCUGACCAAAUUCAACAAAGUCAAAAUCACAUUUUGUUCAGUCACAAAUCGUAUAAUAUUAUUUCUACCAUUUUUCUUUUUUUAAUCUUUUUUUUAUUAUACUUUAAGUUUUAGGGUACAUGUGCACAACGUGCAGGUUAGUUACAUAUGUAAACAUGUGCCAUGUUGGUGUGCUGCACCCAGUAACUCCUCAUUUAACAUUAGGUAUAUCUCCAAAUGCUAUCCCUCUCCCCUCUCCCCACCCCACAACAGGCCCCGGUGUGUGAUGUUCCCCUUCCUGUGUCCACGUGUUCUCAUUGUUCAGUUCCCACCUAUGAGUGAGAACAUGUGGUGUUUGUUUUUUUGUCCUUGCAAUAGUUUGCUGAGAAUGAUGGUUUCCAGCUUCAUCCAUGUCCCAACAAAGGACAUGAACUCAUCAUUUUUUAGUGCUGCAUAGUAUUCCAUGGUGUAUAUGUGCCACAUUUUCUUAAUCCAGUCUAUCGUUGUUGGACAUUUGGGUUGGUUCCAAGUCUUUGCUAUUGUGAAUAGUGCUGCAAUAAACAUACGUGUGCAUGUGUCUUUAUAGCAGCAUGAUUUAUAGUCCUUUGAGUAUAUACCCAGUAAUGAGAUGGCUGGGUCAAAUUGUAUUUCUAGUUCUAGAUCCCUGAGGAAUCGCCACACUGACUUCCACAAUGGUUGAACUAGUUUACAGUCCCACCAACAGUGUAAAAGUGUUCCUAUUUCUUCACAUCCUCUCCAGCACCUGUUGUUUCCUGACUUUUUAAUGACCGCCAUUCUAACUGGUGUGAGAUGGUAUCUCAUUGUGGUUUUGAUUUGCAUUUCUCUGAUGGUCAGUGAUGAUGAGCAUUUUUUCAUGUGUCUUUUGGCUGCAUAAAUGUCUUCUUUUGAGAAGUGUCUGUUCAUAUCCUUCGUCCACUUUUUGAUGGGGUUGUUUUUUUCUUGUAUAUUUGUUUGAGUUCAUUGUAGAUUCUGGAUAUUAGCCCUUUGUCAGAUGAGUAGAUUGCAAAAAUUUUCUCCCAUUCUGUAGGUUGCCUAUUCACUCUGAUGAUAGUUUCUUUUGCUGUGCAGAAGCUCUUUAGUUUAAUUAGAUCCCAUAUUUCUACCAUUUUUCAUUAAACAUUACAAGUUGUCCUCUUGUGUUCUUAUUUUUUCUGUAAACAUAAUUUUAAUGGCAGAGUUAUUCUGCUUUAUAUCUUUUCCCUAUUUUUAUGUAUAUAAAAUUAUAAAGUUUUAAAAACUGUAAUCAUCGUUAUUUAUAGUUUAAUAAUCAGUUUCGUCUUGCAGUGUAUCAUUUUCCUCAUCAUUAAAUAUUUUACAU